AUGGCAGCCGCUACGCUCCCUUCAACGACACCAUUCAGUCCCCUCACAGCCACCAUCCUCCCCUCAAUCUCCACGCCCACACCAACAAUCACAGCCACAACGAUCACAACCACAACCCCCCACCCCAGACUCCCCACAGACCUCUACCAAUACAACUCCCAAGGCGACUGCGCACCCCAACCAGCAGGCUACGGCCCUCACCCCACCCCCGACACCCCAGGCGCCUUCUACGACUCCCCCGCCAUCCACUCCUUCGCCUUCCAAGCCCCCAUCCCAAAAUUCCCCACAGCAUACGCCCUCGCCUUCUCCCUCGCCGAAGCCUCAUACAGCGACCGCGGAUACCUCGGCCACUAUGAGCUGGAAGCCUACUCCCCAGACGUCUGCGCCGCACACUGCAACGCCUACGGCAGCGAGCGUACUUCACCUGAUGCGUCGCUCGACCACGAACAAGAGUGCAAGGGUUUCAACAUCUACUUUGAACGCUCGCCUAGUAUUCAUCUGGGACCCGAGUGGAGUGGGAUUUUGAUGUUGUGA